AUGGAAGGCAGCCCAGAGCAGCUCAACCUGGGCAAGGUGCCAGGAGAGGCAGGGGACAGCCAGGCCUUGGUUGAGAUCCAGGAGCUGGCCCUGAGGUGGUUCAUGGAGACACAGGCUCCCUCCAUCCUGCAGAAUGGGGCUCUGCCCCCCUGGUUUCAUGGAUUCAUCACCCGCAAGCAGACGGAGCAGCUACUCAGGGACAAAGCUCUCGGCUCCUUCCUUGUCCGCCUCAGUGACCGGUCUGCUGGCUACAUCUUGUCUUACAGGGGCAGUGAUCGCUGCCGCCAUUUUGUCAUCAAUCAGCUCCAAAACCGGCGUUACCUUGUCUCAGGUGAUACCCUCAGUCACAACACUCUGGAUGAACUCCUACGCCAUUACCAGGAGGUGCAGCUUGAGCCCUUCGGGGAGACCCUGGCUGCUGCUUGUCCCCGGCUACAGGAAAAUGAUCUGUACGAUGCCAUCAACGUGGGCCUCCAGCAGACCAACCUGGGCCUGGAAAAUUCACCUGCCAUGGCAUCCCCCACAGCGGUCCCUGACAAGGCCAUCAGUCCCAGUCUCCCUGCAAAGCCUCAGGUCUCCUUCCUGCACACCAAGAAGGGCCUGGAUGUGAGUUCCCGGACCCUCUCAGAGGAGGAAAGCAUAGAGGCUCCCAUGAGGGUGCCCCCCUUACCCCGGAGGAGUCCCUCCCUUCUGGAGGAGCCUCCUACAGGCCCCAGUGACAUCAUCUAUGCAGACCUGAGGAAGACGAACAAGGCUUGGCUAGGCCUGGGAACGGAGGAGUCUGGGAGGAAUAGGCCAGCUCCAGCUGGCAACCUAGCUUGUUCCCCAGGCAAAGAGUCCUCAAGGAAACUCUCAGAUGGAGAUCAGAACAGGCCUGAUGGCCCCGGGCCUGCCCCAUCUGGAGCAAAGCCAAGCCAGGGAUCUACAGUGUCUUCCACUUCCUUGGGGCUUUUCCUGCCUCCCAGUUCUGAGGCCCUGGGAUCUCGGACUACUACCUGGAGGCAGGGGUUUCUAAAGCUGAGCCAUGAGGCUCAGUCCUCCUCUGAGGCCAGCUCUACAGAUACAUAUCAGCUUGUCGGGACAGCGGACCUUCAACAGGAAGCCAAGGAAGUACUAGGCCAAGGAGGCAGUCCUUACGAGCAGAUUCCAGCCUGCUGGGGUGGCAUAGCCAGGACCCCAUACCCCGGGGUCAGUCCUGCAUAUAGCCAACUAUCAAAACCCAUGGACUGUGGCUAUGAGAGGAUCUCAGGGACCUCAUGGUUCCCAGAGCCAGGGAACACCUAUGAGCAAAUCCCAGCAUCCAAGAGCAAGGACACUGGACGAACGCACAAGUCCGACAAAUUCCGGAGGCUCUUCUUCACAGACAGGAAGCACAAAUUCUGAGAAAAGCCUGACAUCUAGAGGGUUUCCUGGUACCCAGCAACACCCUCAGCUCACCGGAAAGUGUGAUUCAACCAGCCACCAAGAGCCAGGCUCUGAGACCCAGCCUAGAUACCUUCCUGAGAGAUGGUGGAAGGACCUUACAGUGGCCUGCAGCUCCUGGCUAUGUCCUGCUUCCUCAAUGCUUCCCAUACAAGCAGUGGAAGGAAUAAGGCCAGAGAGAAUGCAGGGAUUGAGUGGACAUGUGGAGG